GUGAAAUUGCGCUCCGGCCAUACUGCGGCGUUGUGGGUGAGAGAGCCUCGCAGCGCUUCGAAACCGGCCGCGGUGCCAUCGCAAGAAUGCCUCAGUGGAGUACCUUGCCUCGGCUACGCGUAGUCGACGACACCGGGGGCUCCAAAGUAGUAGCGAUAGUAGACACGAGCCCUUACAUCUGACCCAUAUCGGGUGGGGCAAGAGGGGGUGGCCCCGACGCCCAGAAUUGCACCUGCGCUACGCACAUCACGUACCCUUUUCGGCAUCUGCACUGCGCCUUGGCCUCGUCUCAUUCGUCCAUUCCGCUUGCCGCCCGUUGGACCCAUGUCUCUUGGCAACUUCAAGCUUCCCAGGUUCACUCUGUUAAUUAUCCCGUCUUGUUCUUAGUCGUCGCGGUCGCGUCGUCCACUUUACGUCCCAUUCCUCCCCUCUUCACGACACCUUGCGAAGGGACGGGACGUGGGAUCCAUCCGGCAUUAUGAGUUCAAUUGAUUCGAGAAAAGAGUUGGACAAGAAGGAGGCAGAGGUGGAGCAGAUCAGCCAUGUGGAACUGACGACUACGAGGGGCAGCACGAGCCAGGCGAGCGAAGAGGGCGAUGCAGGACGGACGCUGUGGCAGAAUGUGCAGAGGUAUCGCAAGGUAGUGUGGAUUACGUUUGGGGUUGCGAGUGUGAUACUGUUGUAUGGGUAUGACAACGUUGUCGUGGGGACGGUGAGCGGGAUGCCGAAGUUUCAGGAAGACUUCGGCCAACUCCUCAACAACGAAUGGAUCCUCCCCUCCUCCUGGCUAGCUCUCUGGAACGUCUCAUCCCCCCUCGGAGCCAUGAUCGGCUCCGUGAUGGGUGGCCAGCUCUCAGACCGCCUGGGCCGCCGCCGCUCCCUCGCCAUAACAUCCUUCCUAUCCGCGCUCGCCGUCGCCGUAAUGUUCGUCUCCUACCUCCCCUCUUCCAAAAACUCGCGCCGCGCCUGCUUCCUCGUCGGCAAGUUCUUCCAGGGCGGCGCUAUUGGUGCAGCUAUGGCGGCCGCGCAGACGUACAUGAGCGAGAUUUUGCCGCCCGUGUUGAGGGGCAGCGGCAUGGCUUUUUUCCCGGUUUUUACGCUGCUAGGCCAAUUAACAGGUGCGCUAGUCAUCUAUGGGAGUCUGGACAGGAGUAAGGGAUAUGUGGUGGCUUUUGGGAGUCAGUGGCCUUUCUCUUUCGUGCCGAUACUCGUCGCCUUCUUGAUACCGGAGUCACCUGCGUGGUAUGUUAGGAAGAGGAUGAUCGAUAAAGCGAUGAUUGCACAGGCACGGCUUGAUCCUCUCGGGACGAAUACGAAAGCCGUCGUCGACAAGAUUGCAGCCGAUAUCGAGCAUGAGGAACGGACUGCGAGAGCGACCUUUGCCGAAUGCUUCCACAAGCGUAACUUCCGCCGCACCUUUAUCGUUAUGUGGGCCAACUCGCUCACUGCGGUCUUCGGUCUCCCUCUCCUCGCCAAAGCGAGUUACUUCCUGCAAAUCGUGGGCAUGGAGGCGAACACUAGUAUCAUCUUCCUGAUUCUGGGCAUCGUACUAGGCCUGCUAGCAAACUUGGGGAGUGUUUGGGUGGUAGCAAGGGUUGGACGCAGACCACUGAUUCUAUGGAGCUUGGGUAUUACUGCGCUGUUGUGGCUGAGCAAUGGCAUUGCGAACUGCUUUUCUGGCAGUGCUGUUGUUUGGUGGACCGCUGUCUCUAUGAUGCUUACUAUAAUUACCUGUGGCCUCGCUGUCUGGCCUGCCUCCUUCAGUGUAGCCGCCGAGACUUCGGCGCUGCAACUCCGCGCGAAGACACAAGGGCUAGGUUGGUUCGUCUCCGCAUUCUCUACCGCCGCAUCUGGUAUAGCGCUGCCGUACAUUUUCAACCCCGACUCUGGCAACCUGCGCGGAAAAGUUGCGUUUACGUAUGUGGGGACUUGUUUGACCGGAGUGGCGAUCUCCUGGUGGCUAGUACCGGAGAUGAAGGGAAGGAGCGUAGGGGAGAUCGAUAGUAUGUUUGAGCUAGGGUUAGGGGCGAGGGAAUUUAAGGGGUGGAGAGGAGAUGUGGGACAUAGACAGGCGCCUGUGUAGUAUUCAACGAUCGUGUGCCUUGAGAAAGGCCAGGCGUUUGAGGGGACGUUAUUCUGUGGUGGGGGGAUGUGCCACCCUUGGAAAACGGCCCACGUUACCGCAUACACAACAAUCAAUCACAUUAC